AUUUCCAUGGAUUUAUCACGCAUUUUCGUUCAACCUCAUACGUGGUAACAUAUUUCGCAAUUGUGCCUGUACGAUUCAGGAUUUUCCUCUUAAAAACGUAGAAUUGGUUUAAUUGUUCAUUAAGAAAAAAGUUUGUGUGUCUGUGAAUUGUUUAUAGGUGUAAAAAUGCUUCGGUUCAUAAUAUUAGCGGCGUUUCUGCAAUGCACAAUAUCUCAACAAUAUCAACAAAAAGUCGCUCCUGGAGUCCCCCCACAGAAUUAUCAGAAUUAUCAACCACCACCGCCACCUCCGGCUCCUCAUCAGCAACAAUUCCAACAGCCACCGCAGCAACAACAGUUUCAGCAGCCGCAACAGUUUCAACAACAACAACAAUAUCAACAACAGGUCCCUGUACAACAAGUACCUGUGCAACAAGUGCCCGUACAACAAGUUAAUGUACAGCCACCUCAUGGGCAUGGGCAUGGCCAUGAUCCACAAGUUUUGAAUGCAGCUAAUAUUGCCCAAGAAAGAGAUCACAUUCAAGAACACAUGGAUGUACCAAUUGAUACAUCGAAAAUGUCAGAUCAAGAAUUGCAGUUCCAUUAUUUCAAAAUGCAUGAUGCGGAUAAUAACAACAAAUUGGAUGGAUGUGAAUUGAUCAAAUCGUUGAUCCAUUGGCAUGAACAAGGGCAUAAACAAGAACCUCAACAGAAUCAGCCGCCCGCUGGAGAGAAAAUAUUCAAAGAUGACGAAUUAAUCAAUUUAAUAGAUCCCAUAUUAAAUAUGGAUGAUCAUAAUAGAGACGGUUAUAUAGACUAUCCGGAGUUUGUUCGCGCGCAACAGAAGAACCAGAAACAAGAUGGAUAGUUGCCAUAGAUUAUGCUAGGUGUCAAUAUUCCGUUGUCAUUUUGAUUAUCUUCACACAUUUUACGUUGUACUUGAAAUAUCAAAGUUAAAACCCUAUUCAAUGUAUUUUUGCUACAUAAUAAUUUUGUUUUAUUUAAGAACAAAAUAUUAAUAAAUUAAGAUCCUAAUGUAAAGAUAAUCAAAAUGAUAAAUAAAUUACUCGAAUCAAUAUUUAAAUGUUACGGAUGUGGUAGUGUAUAUAUAUCUAAGCACAAAUUGUAUUUUUAUUAAAUUUUUUUAAAUUGAUGUUGCAUACAAAUAUUGUCUAUGACAAUACAUAAACAAAUUUUACGUUUAAAAUUAUGCUCAAUGUUUUGUAUAUAUCUGAUAUUAAAGAUCUAUCGGUGCUCCUCUCGAAUUCAAACGAAUCUUUUCUUAAUUUAUAACAAUUGCAUUCCAAUCGGUUUUAAAAAAAAAUGUGAAGUCUUUACACUAUAGUCUAUGGAAUAUACUGUGCGAAUAUCUGUGUAAUUGAAUUUUAUGACAAUUAUAUUCUUAUAAAUAAACUAAUUUGCCAUCGGAAUAAAAAAAGUUGUGAAAAUGAAAAAAGCAGUAUUGUUUUGUGAUGAAAAAAACCUCAAAAAAUGAGACAAUGGUGCGAUUUUUGUAAUUUUUAGUUUAAUAAAAAAGAAGUUUAGCACAUGAACAGAUUUUGUUUAUUACAAGCUAUGGGAACAUCAAUUAUAUUUUUUAAUAGAAACCAGAAUUUACACUUGGCAUUGGUGUACAAUUCGUAGCCCCAUUUAUAAAUCACAAGUAAUUAUUAGUUGGAAUCGUAAAUUUUAUGAAUAGAGUUUUAAUAUACUUAAAUGAUUGAUGUUCUCACGGUAUGUAUUUUUGGGAAUUUGUAUAUUUUGUCCGUUUGUGUUGGUUGUGUAAAUGUUGGAUUAUUAAAUUUUUACAUUAU